AUGCCGAGUUUGGUUCAUGAGACGGUGGUUGAUGGGCUCGAAGCACUUAUCGCCGAUUCAAUCGAUCGCGCGGCCGGGAGGAGGUGGAGGGGACGGUAUCCCUCCCGUCACUUCGAGAAGACGAAGGCGGAAUUGGGGAAGGUAUGGAAGGGACGCAGCGGUGUGGUCGACCUGAUCGAUUCGGAGGGAGAGAGGACGAGGAGGGAGCCGGACGGGACGUUCUACCAUCCCGCACAACCAUCUCUACCGACCCUGGUGCUGGAAGUCGCCUACUCCCAAUCCCAGCCCGCCCUCUCCCGCCUGGCAGAGCGCUACCUCCUCGACUCCGGCGGGGGGAUCAGAUGCGUCGUCGGUCUGGACUUACCCUUCCCACUCCAAGUACCCAGCAACUCCUCCUCCGACGCAACCGCCACGCUAUCCAUCUGGCGCCUCUCAUCCCCUGGGAGCAUAUCGCGCAUCGACCACUCCUUCCCCUUCCACGACCCAGACGCUAGUGCAUUCGUCUCACCUAUACGACUCUCCGCCACGGACGUCUUACCAGCCUCUGCGCUCCCUAAAUGCGCAUUUUCGGCGGUGGAGAUGAAUAUCCCCAUCCUCAUCCCCAUCUCCUCUCUAGCAGCUAUAGUCCAAAGCGCGGCGAACAGGGCUCACGAACUCGCCGCCUCGCCUCAAAGGCUCGUGGCGUCGUCGCCGCCGACGGCGUUUCGGAAACGGAGCACGGUUGGUUGUGUGAGGGAGGUGAAGCGGGAGAAGCGGUCGCCUGCGCAGCGGCGGAUGACGGAUUUUUGUCGGGUGGGGAAGGGGUUGAGGGAGGUGAAGGUGAAGGGGUGGGUGAAGUAA